AUGAAUGGUUACAGGGAUCUCAGCGCUGGCUCGCAAUACAUGUACAAUAUGACGAAUGGUCUUGAAGAUGAUUCAUUCGAGGGUGUGCAGCCUAGAUGGCCGCACCUGCAAAAUCAACAGAUGCAGUUCCAUGGCUACGGCCAGGGCUCUACAGGUGGUCAUGGUCAGCACAAUAGCCAUUGGUCGAACACAGACAUCCCACCCCAGUCUUUUCCUCAUGCGCAACACCUCUCGGCCUCAAGUUUCUCUUCGGCAGGUUCAAGCUUACGAUCGUCACAAGCGAGCGGGUUCUCAGACCUUUCCUUCCGAGAUUCAGUCUCGUCAUCCUCCUCAUGGUCCCGCACAUCUGGCAUGGGUCGGGAGCAACACGUCCUACAGACCGAGUAUGAUCUAAGUCACGGUCCACCAGCCCAAUCCUCUUACUUCUCCAGUCCUGUAGAAGAAACCAAUUCCAUCGUAUCCAAGCGUCGACCAACCCGGAAGCCCCUCGUGCAAGAAAAAGACUACUUCAAAACCUGCGUCUCUGCCCACAAACAAUCCCGCACCUGCACCAAAUCCCACAAGUACUUCUGCACCAGCUGCAAAAAAUCCUUUGUCGAAAAAGCAGACUGGAAACGCCACGAAGAAACCUACCAAGAGCGCCCCGAAAUGUUCGAAUGCGACCUCUGUCCCGCAAUCUACUUCUUAGAAAAAGACUUUACAGCGCACCACGGGCAAUCGCACCGCUGCGCCCCCUGCAGCGGCACCACAAAAUGGAACAAGAAAACCCACAUGCUCUCCGCUCGCAAAGAACGCAUGACGCGCACGGGAUGGGGCUGCGGCUUCUGCUGUCACUUCAGCUCCGACUGGACCGAACGCUGCAACCACCUCGCACACCACAUGGAGAAGCAAGGCCUCACCGAGUCCGACUGGAACCACAACAACGUCAUUCACUCCCUCCUCCAGCGCCCCAUCGUGUCCUACGAGUGGCGCCGCAUAGUCCAAGGCAUGCAACUGCACACGGUGCUCUGCUCGUGGAACCAGCAUUCAACAGGGCGUGUGGAGGGGUACCCGGAGAGCAAUCCCGUGCCGCAGUUACAAGACUUUCUUGAGUAUUUUACAGAGGAUCAGGAUCCCGUUGCGCUGGCGCAGCUCGCGUAUAGGAAGAUGAUUCGGCAUUCUGAGCCGCUGAGGACGGCGGCGCCGUUACCGCCACUGCCGCAGCAGCAGCAGCAACAGGUGCCUGCGCGAGAGCGGCGUGAACAGACGCUGCAGGAGCUCACGCGAGACACGGAGAUGUGGACGCAGCUUAUUAAUUCGGUGGUUGACGACGAUGUCAUGCCGCAGGGCGUGUGUCCGCUGGAUGGUAGUUUGUAUAACACUUGA